AUGACGGCUAUUCUCAUUCAUAUGUUGAUUGAAGCAGGCAAAUUAAAUCUCAACACCACUGUUGGCGAAGUCUUUCCUUACUUGCCAUUUUCUUCAAUUUCAACGCCACCUUCAAAUUCAUGCGCCUGUACCAAUCUCUCUAAUGCUGUUGGUUAUUUCGCUGAAUCUCCUUAUUCUUGUGGUUUGACCAUUCAUACUUCAUGGAAAUAUGUAACUAUUGCUCAUUUAUUGACUCAUGCCUCGGGUCUUGGCGCGCUGGAAACGAUAUUCAAUGAAUUCAUUGUUGAAGAAUAUGCAAUAGAAAUAAAUGGUACCAAGGAGUCUUGUAGCAACUAUUCUUUGCCCUCACGUCGUUAUCAUUUAAGUGUCUUAUUACCGAUGGCUAUUCCUAGUUCACCACCAUCGAUUGAUGUUCCUGUAGCUUACUCUUAUUCGAACAAUAAUUUCAUUUUAUUAGGAUUAAUUUUAGAAGAAAUCUGGCAUUUACCAUGGGAAUCGAUUAUUCAACGCCAAUUAUUUGAUCCUUUGGGAAUGAUUACAGCAGGAUUUGGCUCACCAAUUGAAGAAGUAUCAUUGAGUUCGUUCGCUACUCAACCAUUGGGCCAUUUCAUAGAUACAGCUAAUGUGAUACAUAGUAUGGACAGUGAUUUACCGAAAGUUUGGGCCCCUGCCGGUACAGUUCACGCUAGUCUUAAUGAUUGGGCUAAAUUCAUUGCCUGUCAUUUACAAGAAGGACGUGAUCUGACGUCAUUCGGCUUUGCUCCUAUGAAUAGUAGUUUUCUUAAUUCAGCGACCUUACCUUAUUUACUCUCGGCAUCGAUAUGGAAGAGUAUUCAUACUGCAUAUGUUUUCCCUUCAGCAUCGACUCCCAAUGUUCAAUAUUCACUCUCCGCAAUGGGUAUUGACAAUGAUAGUCUUGGCCUAUCUCUGACACACACUGGCUCCAACACCAUUUGGUUUGCUUAUGUUGUAGUUUAUCUUCAAUUGGUUCAGCCGAUGGCUCUUUUAAUCACAGCCAAUGUCUACAAUGACAAUGCUGUUUUAGAAGCUAAGGCAGCUAUUAUCAAUGCUUAUCUCACUUGGCGACAACAAGGACAACCACUUCCAAUGGACACGUCAGCAGCUUCAUCAUCUGCACCACUUAGUUUCGGUACAAGUACAUUUAUAUUAUUUUCAUUAAAUCUUUCUUUAAUUGAUACUGUGAUUACAUCCAAUACAGCAUAA